AAGCCGUUUGAGGCUGUUAAUGUGGCUUGAUAGAUAACUAACCUUCUGUCAACUGUACCUUCCAAGCAACUCAAUCAAACGUGGGGCGCUUUCUCGAACUUGGAAAGCUGUUCGAGUUUAGAAGUCGCAUGCGAUUUACGGUGUGGACAGCUUACCUGAUACUUACAUACUUACCUAUCUAUAUUUGACGACAAGCUUUCUAUUCCUGUUUCCUUCUACGUCGCGAACCACGAAACCUUGCGGAUUGAUUCGUUGAAUGAUAGAGCAGUCCUAAUACGUGUUGUGUGGCCUAAGUGCCAAUCGACAUCUUCUCCUUUAUUCUCCCCUGAAUCUAGUGCUAGACCGACAUCAUCAUGGCAUCUGCAGUCUUCUUUCUAGACCUUAAGGGAAAGACCCUUCUUGCCCGAAACUAUCGAGGUGAUAUUCCCAUGUCAGCGGUCGAGAAAUUCCCCAUCCUCCUUAGUGAAGCCGAAGAAGAAUCCUCCGCCGUACCACCAUGCUUCUCCCACGAGGGAAUCAACUACCUAUACAUCCGACACAACAACCUUUACCUUCUUGCCCUAACAAAGCGAAACACAAAUGCCGCCGAAAUCCUGCUAUUCUUACACAAGGUGGUAGAGGUGUUCACAGAGUACUUCAAGGCAUUGGAGGAGGAGUCGAUCCGCGACAACUUUGUCAUCAUAUACGAAUUGCUGGACGAGAUGAUGGAUUUCGGGUAUCCCCAAACGACCGAGUCCAAAAUUCUGCAAGAAUACAUCACCCAAGAAUCCCACAAGCUCGAGGUACAAGCCCGCCCACCCAUCGCUGUCACGAAUGCUGUCUCUUGGCGGUCUGAAGGCAUUAGGUACAGAAAGAACGAGGUGUUUUUAGAUGUCGUCGAAAGUUUGAACUUAUUAGUAUCUGCGAACGGAAACGUGUUAAGAUCUGAGAUCCUUGGUGCGAUCAAGAUGAAGUGCUAUCUAUCUGGAAUGCCGGAAUUACGACUCGGUCUAAACGACAAAGUCAUGUUCGAAACGACUGGGAGAACAACACGAGGCAAGGCUAUCGAGAUGGAAGACGUCAAGUUUCAUCAGUGUGUUAGGUUGUCACGCUUUGAAAAUGACCGCACCAUAUCCUUUAUCCCACCGGAUGGUGAAUUUGAAUUGAUGAGCUACCGAUUGAACACCCAAGUUAAGCCCCUAAUUUGGGUGGAGUGCGUGGUCGAAAGUCAUUCAGGGUCUCGAAUCGAAUAUAUGCUUAAGGCAAAGGCGCAAUUCAAAAGGCGAAGUACAGCAAACAAUGUUGAGAUCAUUGUUCCAGUACCUGAUGACGCCGACUCGCCUCGGUUCCGAACAAAUAUCGGAAGCGUUCAUUACGCCCCCGAGCAAAGCGCAAUCGUGUGGAAAAUUAAGCAAUUUGGUGGUGGCAAGGAAUUCUUGAUGCGGGCAGAGUUGGGACUUCCUAGCGUGAGAGGUGACGAUGAGCAUGGAGGCGGAAUGACUGGUGGCUUUGGUGGAAGUAUGGGUGGUGUUAGCGCGGGCAAGGGUGCCAAGAGACCUAUUCAGGUGAAGUUUGAGAUCCCCUAUUUUACGACGAGUGGUAUCCAGGUACGAUAUCUGAAGAUCACUGAACCAAAGUUGCAAUAUCCAUCAUUGCCUUGGGUUAGGUACAUUACUCAAUCAGGGGAUAUCGCUGUACGGUUACCGGAUGCUGUAUGAAGAGCCCAUGUUGAUUUAUAAUAUUUGACGAUAAUGUUACUUUUCGACAGGUCUAGAGAAAAGUUUCAGCUACGGUUGACAUGUCAUAACUAGCUAGUGGCAACGCGAACUAUGAAUGAGACGAACAUAUACCAUUUCCACCUCAAUAUGCCCUCUAGGAGCCAUGCCCCUGAAUACCUUUCAUCAUUAUAUGGU